AUUGGAGAGGGGGAGAGAAUUGGAGAGGGGGAGAGAAUGGUUGAGGGGGGUCGAUUUUGACAGCUGCUGGACGUGAUGAAUAAUAGUACUGCCACCAGUGGUGGAUCAAGUAAAUUCAGGGAUGAGCAAGAGGCCACAAACACACCAGCCAAGGGAAGGCAGUGGGUUACGGAGCUGCAGCAGAUUUCAGAGGCAGGGAGAAGCAAGACAAUGGAAGGAUUUGGAAACAAGGAUGAACAUUUUAAAACCAGGAUACAGUGCAAGUCAGGAGUGAAAGGGGAUCAGGACUUGGUCAAAUUUGAGCUAUUAAUGUUUGAGGAAUAGUAUGGAGCCAAGUGACACAGAAAUAAAUAUUGGACCAGAGAGAAGUCCAUCCGUGGCGUCCAUAGAAAAUGGAUCUCAGAACCUCGGGAAGAGCUUCGAUGCUGUUGUAUUUGAUGUUCUCAAGGUGUCCCCAGAACACUUUGCAAGUCAGAUCACAUUGCUGGACAUUACUGUCUUCAAGUCCAUUCAGCCCGAGGAACUGUCUGGUUGUGCAUGGAACAAGAGGGGGAAGCAUGCGUUGGCUCCUAAUGUCGUAGCUUUUACCCGGAGAUUUAACCAGGUUAGUUUCUGGGUGGUCAGAGAAAUUCUCACCAAACGGAUGCUUAAAACAAGAGUUGACGUUCUCAGCCACUCUGUUAAAAUUGCAAAAAAACUGCAGGAACUCAAUAAUCUCCAUGGCUUGAUGGCAGUCAUCUCAGCUUUACAAAGCACACCAAUAUUCAGGCUGUCAAAAACAUGGAUGUUGCUGAGCAGGAAAGAUAAGGCUACAUUUGAGAAACUGGAGACUUUGAUGUCCAAAGAAGACAAUUACAAGCAACUAAGAACUUACAUCAACUGCUUGAGAAAUAAACCAUGCAUCCCAUAUUUGGGUAUACACUUAUCUGAUCUCACCUACAUCGAUGCGGCAUAUCCAUCUGCGGCAAGCAUUCUAGAAGAUGAGCAUCGCUGCGAUCAGAUCAACAACGUUUUGCGGGUUAUCAGUGACUUUCAGCAGUUCUGUGUAUACGAUCUUCCAUCAUUGCCUCAUGUCCAGAAGUAUCUGAAUUCUGCGAGAUACAUCGAGGAACUGCAAUCCUUCUUGGAGCAAGACAACUACAGAUUGUCUCUGAUGAUCGAGCCUGUGUCAUGUACUCCACGUCGUGUCUCCAGAAGAGAAGCUGAAGGCUCGCUCUCCACCACUGAGGCAGUUGAAUAUUCUGAUGGUGAUGCCACCGCCACCUGUCUCUGCCUGAUGCAUAGUCAUAGGAAAUGGCAGCGUGCUGCUUACAACAGUAGACGGACAAGCAUCACAGACCCCAAGAGGGCAACGUUCCCAGGAAAUCGACCCCAAAGUCUCCUGGACGACAGUGUGAUGGAAGACGGUUUGGUCUGCGUGAUGCAGACCAGGGGCCAACCUGCCUGUGACAACUCUCCAGAUUUCCAAGAAGAAAGUUGCGGUGAUGGUAAGGAAAGAUUAAGGCCGUCCUUUGAAAGGAAUCGACUCUAUCGUUCUCUGGGCCCCAUGUCAAGGGGAAUGCAGAGCUGCAGCAGGAGUUCAGCCGGACCUGUACUACCUGACAGUCAAGGAUGUGCAACCAUUGAAAGUGUUCUACGAAGGAAAACCGUCCUGAAGAAUGGCAAGAAACCACUGGUGGCAGUGUGGACGACAUAUUGGGUCGCACUCUGUGACCAUCAGCUCGUCUACUAUGGAGCCAGAAGCCUGAAAUCAACUGAAAGAGAACAGUUUAAGUCAAGUUACAGCAAGAGCUUGUCGAUCGUGGGUUGGAUACCUCUUCUGAUGGAUGACCCAGACAAUGUGGACAUGUUCCAGCUCACGGAUCCAGAACACGGGAAUUCCUAUAAAUUUCAGGCAGGCAGCAAAAUGAAUGCCAUGCUGUGGUUCAAGCACAUGAGCAGGGCCUGCAAGAUCAACUGGAGGCAGCUUCCCACAAACUUAAUCUCUUUUGAAUAAGUAGAGGAAGACUGAUGGAGGAAGAGGUGGAGAUCGUGCGGCAAUUUAUAAAUUUGGAUGGAGGAUGAUGGAUGUUUGCUGUGCGUGUGCCUGGUCUGGGAUGCACAUGUAAUCUCUUGCCAUGUGGUUUAUCAGCCUGUCGAAACUUGUGUUGUGGAGCAGAUCCAGAGACUCUAGCGAUAAUAAUAUUCAAAGCACCACAGUGGGAUGAGAUAAAACUGUCUGACCAAUUCUAUCCUCCAACUGGCCACUGUCCAACAAAGUCCUGAUGGAAAAUGAUGACUAACUAGCAGCAACAUUGGGCAAUUUGAUUUAGAUGUGGAUUUCUGAUUUUGUUACUGGAGGGAAUGGUUACCAAUCUUCUGGACUGGAGAUGUUUUUGCAGAGUGUGCGACGUGGCUGCUGCAGUGAGCAUUUCCUGGGGUUACAUUUUCUCAGAUGUGGCUUUGAUCUUUAUUGCACAAAUGGUUUAAAUGUGGGGAGGCUGGGGAUAAUUUGCUCUCUAAUUGAAAAGAGAAUCAAUGUCUCUUAUCAAAUUUAAGCUGCGAGAAGGAAGCACAAGUUGUCCUUGAGCCUCGGUUGCAGCAUUACUGCUGUGGGAUGGAGAAUGGUUUAUGGAAUCAUCCCCCACUCAGGUACCCUUCAAACAGUGGAACAUCUCAGAUUGGGAACAGCUAUCAGGAACAUGAGUCACUCGUAUGUAUCCAAGUAAUCAAGGGCAUGAUGAGCUGAAGGUUAACGUACUCUGCCAACACUGCACAGGUCCUAGCUGUCUUGGUCUUUGGCUUGGCUCUGCUUUUUGAUCUGUGUAUGGAACUGUUGAAGCACUUUGGAAGGAGCUCUGUCGAAACAGGAAAACAACUUUGGCGUGAUGGGACAACAAUGUGACAUACAUACCUGCAUGAAAGACUGGUGCCAAUGACUCAAAACAGAAAAAAAGGUUUAUUCCUUUUUAAAUCAACUCGAUGGCUAGUUUUUAUUCCCAUAAAGGGGCUGCAUUGGACAGCACAGCUUGUAAUAGUUUCUCCAGCUGUUGUUGGAUCUGUUGCUGCUGAAAAUGAACAUGGCACCCUCUGACCAUUGCUUGUGAGCCUCAAGGUUUCUACCUGCACAAACUAACCAGAGAUACAAACCUUUACUAUUCCUGUCUGAAUUACAUUGAGUGGGAUGGGUGGGAUGUGAGUUUUUUCAACUAUAAAUCCAUGCUUCAUCCUUGCAGAUGAGGCUCUUGUAACUGCAGGCUUAGGGAUUCAAAAUUCUAACUGGGAUACUAAUCCUACUUCAGCCACUGCUCCCCUAAUAUAGCUUCCUCCUCAACAAUGCACAGCUAACCUUGUUGGGUGGUGUCAUUAAACACGAGAUUCAUUUCCAGGAUCUUAACAGCUCUGGCGUUGACCCCUAUUGUGGCAUCAAUAUGACAAGUAUUGGAGCACGAUAAUAUUGUAACAGGUGCACAAACCUGGUGCUUUCUCUCCAUCCCAGCACAGUUGCUAAUUCUGUAAACUUUCAUUCCAUGACCUUUUGCCACAAUGAUUUGGCUCUUCUAGCAGUUAUGCAGUAAGCUUUACAAUUUGUUGGAGAACCUGUAGCUGUAGGUUGUCCGUUAACUAUCUUGUUUCCCUCAUCUCGGGUAUUUAUUUUAAAGCAAAUAAAUGAAAAUAGACAUCAUUACCCUGCGAUUUUUAUCUUACCCGUGCCAGUUUGCUAGCAGGAGAUUUAGACAGUCGUCUUGAGUUCCUGGAGGGGUGAUCAAACUGGUUCCUCUACUACUUUUGGUUUGAUUUAUAGCUUGUAUCCUUUGAAAGACACAAAAUACCAGAGUAAUUCAGCAGGUCAGCCAGCAUCUC